UGUUUUCUAUAGUUUCGCCCCCUCUUUUAUUCAUUUUUAUUUUCAUUUGAACCCAGUUGUGUUUUUUUAUUAAUUUAUAUACAUCUAUACAUAUAUAUCUAAAGAAGAGAAAAAACAAAAAUUAUUUUGUUUCAACAGUUAUAAACAAGCAGAAGUUAAAAAGCAAAUCAUGUAUUGAUAUUCACAAGAUGUGUUUUUGGAAGGGAAUAACCCUAGUCUUAUAUAUACAGCUAACAGUUGGAGAUGCAUCUAUUGCAGCAACAUCAACACCAAAUACUACAUGGUCAAAGUCGACAAGUAUAGCGAAAAAAAACAUAUCAAGUGUGACAGAAAAUUGUACUAUCGCAAAUGGAAGUAUCACAGCUACUCUUCGUGUCAACAAAUCCUAUGACAUUUCACAUUGUAUAGAAUGUUUUUGCCAUUCAAAUAAAACAGUGUCCUGCUUUCAAAGAGAUUUUCAAAAGAGUACAACGAUGAUCUGCUCAAAUUGCAGCAGAUUUCCACAGGUACCAUGCAGUUUCUGCGUUGCGCCAGACAAAAGUCUAAAAUCAAACAACAUCCAAUGGCGAUUAAACGAAUUCAAAUGCGUUGUUUGUGAAUGUACGUUAGGAGUUAUUAAGUGCAAAUAUCCAAUGGAGAUUGUGUUUUCCAAUGGUAAUAGCAUGUCAUUUAAGAAACUCUGCGUUGGAGAAACCUGUCUCGAAGAUAUACAUCAAAUCAGGGAAAAGAAAAUCAACUACAAAUGCACGAUCUGCAAAGAUGACAAUGUGACAUAUUACAAUUAUGGAUGGUCACGCUUGAUUGGUGAUUUACAAAUUCCAUGCUCGUGUACCAACAGAGGAAUCAUAUGUCAAUCGUAUUUUGAAAUCGAACGAAUUUUUUUUCGUGCGACCUGCAAGAAUUGCACAAAGGAACGCGCAGUUGACACAUUCACUAAGAAAGGCUGCACCUUUCUAGGACUAAAAUUCCAACAUGGCGACUUUAAGUUCGUUUCCGUGGCUGGUGUCGUAAUAUGCCUUAAGUGUGCUUGUUACCUUGGUAACCUUCAAUGCGUGUACGAACAUAACAAACGUAUCGAAACAUGCCACGGUGUAAAAGAAUGCACAAAACUUGCCAAUAACCCAGACGUUAAAGCUAAUUGCACCAAUAGAAACAUGCUGACUUGUCCGCUACAACCAAUUUCAUGGGAAAGCAAUGGUUGCCACUAUACAUGCUUCAAAGCAAGACUGAGUAUUGUCUAUAAGCAAUUUCCAUGGUGUCAGAAACUUCUAACAACUGAAUUUUGUGCUAACUGUCCAGAUAGGUCAGCUUUUAUUUCAAAUUACACUGAUGUCAUUUUCCAAUGUGCAAGUGGAGAAUUCAUUUGGAGAGAUCGCGUUUGCAACAGACGUAGUGAUUGUCAAGAUAGUUCAGAUGAACAGAAUUGCACGAGUUAUCAAUGCAGCACGAAAGUUUCUGAUGCUGGAAUAGUGUGGCGAGCUUCGCCAGUCAAUACCACGUUACAUGUCGAUUGCAAGCUUAUAUCAACUGCUUUAGAAGGUUCAGUGUCUAAAAAAUGCUUAAUUGGAGAUCAUUUCGGCACAAGAUGGGAAGGUGAAGACGCAUGCGGUUGCGUAAAUGGAAAUAUAAGCAUGCUACUAAAAAAAGUUGUCGCAUCAAUACAAAAUAUGACAUUGCUUGAGUUGAAAAACACCAUUACCAAUUUUUACAAUUACACACGCGAGACCCAAAAUCAUAUCGAAAUAGUAAAUGCUUCCAUCGGAGUCUUAGUUGAAGCAAAGGAAAUGUAUAGAUAUAAUAUGAAUAUUUCCGGGACAUCAGAGCUUGUUAAACACCUGCUGGAUAUUGGUUAUGGGAUCUAUCACACCUAUAGUUUGUGCCACGAUGGAAACACAGAACAAGCCAAGACAAGACUUGCGCAAGUUCUGGAAGAAGUUAGCGAAAUGUAUUCUGUCGUUUCGACGAAAAAGCAUGUAAUAAAGACAAAUUAUGUUUCCCUCGUUAAAACAUUGGAUCCCAUAGAUGAGUUGAUAGCAGAGCUAGAAAAAAGACAAUUAAAGUACGGCACAAAUGGAGAAACGGAAAAUUCGAAGAAAGAAGUGUCAAAAAUAAUAUUUGAAAGUUACCACAGAAAAAUCAUUGUCAUAUUGGAGGAUGUGAUGACUGCAGUGUCUAUUGCAGCUCUUGUUACAGCACUAAUACUAUACAAAAUACUCAAAAUUAGGAACACAACUAAAGUAAUCAUUCAUAAAAAUCUAACUGUUGUAUUUCUACUCAACCAAAUUCUCCAGAAACUACCUAGUUGGCUGUUUAAUAAUCUUCAGGACGAUUCCAAGACAGUAUGUGUAACAAUCCUUGUGAUGUCGUAUUAUUUUACACUGGCAACGUUUGCUUGGAUGAUGGCAGAAGGUAUCAAUCUUGCUCUACUAGUGACUGUUGUGUUUGAAAGAAAGAAGAGAUUAUCAGAAAUGCUUGUAACUGGAUAUGGUUUGCCAUUCGUAAUAACCCUGUCUGUUUUGAUUUGUUCGACUUCAUCGUUUGUGGAUACCAAAAACUGCAUCACUAUGUCUGGAAGUUUGUGGCUGUUAAAAACACCGAUGGCUGUUAUUUUAACUGUAAAUACAUGCUUGUUCGCGGCUAUUCUAGUGGUCAUAUGCAAAAGAAAACAGAUCAUGGCUUCAAAGAACGGUUCAACACGCACAGGAAUCUCAAUAAAAGCUUUCGUCGUUUUGCUACCCCUGCUCGGUUUAACAUACAUUACCGGGUUAUUCAUUGAGUACAGUCCAAUAUAUCUUGGAUAUGUGUAUGUCUGUUGCAACGGUUUGAUGGGUUUGUUUUUACUGAUCUUGCAUUGCCUUAUGGAUCCUAAGGUGAAAACAAACUUGACAUCGUAUUGGUCAAGAAGGAGUACAAUCCGUAUUUCCACAAGAAAUUCUUCAGUCGUGAAACGUUAAUUUUUGUCCUGCCAGCACCAAGAAAGUAAAAGGAUUUAUCCGAUUAAAUCUUUGUAUAGCGUCACUUCUGCUGCCAUGGUGAAUCAUCGAUGAGGGGAAAAAAUCGGAUUUUUUUUCUUUAAAUGUCCUUUUAACAGUUGAAAAAGUCAUAUGUGAGUGUGAUCGCCUCUCUAAUUUUAAUGACUUUAGGAGAUUUAAGGAGUCAUACAACUAUAUACUCUAAAUAAAAGAAAGUCUUGUGAUUUAUAGGGAGAAGCCACCUCUUAACAAGACGUAAUGAGCUCUCCCUUAUAUUUAUUUAAUUAAAUUUUUUUUGCACACGUUCACAAUCAAUUUAUAGUUUUUGUUUUUUUCUUAAUGAUCCGUGAAGUUGUAUAUAUAUAGAGAGAACAGAAUUGUAGUUGUUAAACGUGUUCAUGGUUGCAGUAUACAGCCGAAAGCUAGUUAAAAAAAAAAUGUCAAAACC